AUGAAGACUGAGAGGAAGGAAGACUGUGAAUGUAAGAGGAAGGAAGACUGUGAAUGUAAGAGGAAGGAAGACUGUGAAUGUAAGAGGAAGGAAGAGUGUGAAUGUAAGAGGAAGGAAGACUGUGAAUGUAGGAGGAAGGAAGAGUGUGAAUGUAGAAAAAAGGAAAAAACUCUGAGAAAGGAAGACUCUGUGAAUGUAAGAGAAAGGAAGACUGAAUGUAAGAAGAAGGAAGACUCUGUGAAUGUAAGAGGAAGGAAGAGUGUGAAUGUAAGAGGAAGGAAGACUGUGAAUGUAGAAGGAAGGAAGAGUGUGAAUGUAGAAGAAAGGAAAAAACUCUGUGAAUGCAAGAGGGAGAAAGCGACUGUGAAAGUAAGAGGAAGGAAGACUGUGAAAGAAAGAGGAAGGAAGACUGUGAAUGUAAGAAGAAGGAAGACUGAGAGAAAGGAAGAGUGUGAAUGUAAGAGGAAGGAAGACUGUGAAUACUUUGUGAAUGUAGGAGGAAGGAAGAGUGUGAAUGUAAGAGGAAGGGAGACUGUGAAUGUAAGAAGAAGGAAGACUGAGAGGAAAGAAGAGUGUGAAUGUAAGAGGAAGGAAGACUGUGAAUGUAAGAGGAAAGAAGAGUGUGAAUGUAAGAGGAAAGAAGAAUGUGAAUGUAAGAGGAAGGAAGACUGUGAAUGUAAGAGGAAGGAAGAGUGUGAAUGUAAGAGGAAGGAAGACUGUGAAUGUAGGAGGAAGGAAGAGUGUGAAUGUAGGAGAAAGGAAGACUCUGUGAAUAGGAAGGAAGACUGUGAAUGUAAGAGGAAGGAAGAGUGUGAAUGUAAGAGGAAGGAAGACUGUGAAUGUAGGAGGAAGGAAGAGUGUGAAUGUAGGAGAAAGGAAGACUCUGUGAAUGUAGGAGAAAGGAAGACUCUGAGGAAGGAAGACUCUGUGAAUGUAAGAGGAAGGAAGAGUGUGAAUGUAAAAGGAAGGAAGACUGUGAAUGUAGAAGGAAGGAAGAGUGUGAAUGUAGAAGAAAGGAAAAAACUCUGUGAAUGCAAGAGGGAGAAAGCGACUGUGAAAGUAAGAGGAAGGAAGACUGUGAAAGAAAGAGGAAGGAAGACUGUGAAUGUAGGAGGAAGGAAGAGUGUGAAUGUAGGAGAAAGGAAGACUCUGAGGAAGGAAGACUCUGUGAAUGUAAGAGGAAGGAAGAGUGUGAAUGUAAGAGGAAGGAAGACUGUGAAUGUAGAAGGAAGGAAGAGUGUGAAUGUAGAAGAAAGGAAAAAACUCUGUGAAUGCAAGAGGGAGAAAGCGACUGUGAAAAGUGUGAAUGUAAGAGGAAGGAAGACUGUGAAUGUAAGAGGAAAGAAGAGUGUGAAUGUAAGAGGAAGGAAGACUGUGAAUGUAAGAGGAAAGAAGAAUGUGAAUGUAAGAGGAAGGAAGACUGUGAAUGUAAGAGGAAGGAAGAAUGUGAAUGUAAGAGGAAGGAAAACUGUGAAUGUAAGAGGAAGAAAGACUGAAUGUAAGAGGAAGGAAGAUUGUGAAUGUAAGAGGGAGGAAGACUGUGAAUGUAAGAGGAAGGAAGACUGUGAAUGCAAGAGGAAGGAAGACUGUGAAUGUAAGAGGGAGGAAGACUGUGAAUGUAAGAGGAAGGAAGACUGUGAAUGUAAGAAGAAGAAAGACUGUGAAUGUAGGAGGAAGGAAGAGUGUGAAUGUAGGAGAAAGGAAGACUCUGUGAAUACUGAGAGGAAAGAAGAGUGUGAAUGUACGAGGAAAGAAAAGUGUGAAUGUAAGAGGAAGGAAGACUGUGAAUGUAAGAGGAAAGAAGAAUGUGAAUGUAAGAGGAAAGAAGAAUGUGAAUGUAAGAGGAAGGAAGACUGUGAAUGUAAGAGGAAGGAAGAAUGUGAAUGUAAGAAGAAGGAAGACUGUGAAUGUAAGAGGAAGGAAGACUGUGAAUGCAAGAGGAAGGAAGACUGUGAAUGUAAGAGGAAGGAAGACUGUGAAUGUAAGAGGGAGGAAGACUGUGAAUGUAAGAGGAAGGAAGACUGUGAAUGUAAGAGGAAGAAAGACUGUGAAUGCAAGAGGAAGGAAGACUGUGAAUGUAAGAGGAAGGAAGACUGUGAAUGUAAGAGGGAGGAAGACUGUGAAUGUAGGAGGAAGAAAGAGUGUAAAUGUAGGAGAAAGGAAGACUCUGUGAAUAGGAAGGAAGACUGUGAAUGUAAAAGGAAGGAAGACUGUGAAUGUAAGAGGAAGGAAGACUGUGAAUGUAAGAGGAAGGAAGACUGUGAAUGUAAGAGGAAGGAAGAAUUUGAAUGUAAGAGGAAGGAAGACUGUGAAUGUAAGAGGAAGGAAGACUGUGAAUGUAAGAGGAAGGAAGAUUGUGAAUGUAAGAGGAAGGAAGACUGUGAAUGUAAGAGGAAAGAUAUUUGUGAAUGUAAGAGGAAGGAAGACUGUGAAUGUGAAACAUUAUGUGUGGGAGACUUAUACAUGUAUGUACAUGCUAUACUGAUUUCUUAA